AUGUCUGCUGAAGAUACCAAGCCAAAGACCGAGGACGCCCCAAAGGUGCCUACCAGUAACGUGUUCGCCAUGUUCGGAGCCAAGAAGGAGAAGAAGGAAGAGCCCAAGGAAGAAGAAGCCGAAGAACCAAAGACUGACGCCAAGAAGGACGAGGAGGCAGCUGAUGAAGAAGAAGCCGAUGUCCAUUUCGAACCAUUGGUCCAAUUAGAAAAGGUUGACGUCAAGACCAACGAAGAAAACGAAGAAGUGUUGUACAAGGUCCGUGCCAAGUUGUUCAGAUUCCACGCUGACACCAACGAAUGGAAGGAGAGAGGUACCGGAGAUGUCAAGUUUUUGAAGCACAAGCAAACCGGCAAGGUCAGAAUUUUGAUGAGAAGAGACAAGACCUUGAAGAUCUGUGCCAACCACUUGAUUUCUCCAAACUACGAGUUGAAGCCAAACAUCGGAUCCGACAAGUCCUGGGUCUACAACGUCACUGCCGACAUUUCGGAGGGUGAGCCAGAAGCCGUGACCUUGGCCAUCAGAUUCGGCAACAAGGAAAACGCCGAGAAGUUCAAGGAACACUUCGAUGCUGCUAAGGAAGCAAAAUAA